CUUACUUAAACAAGACAAACCUGGACCCACAAAACCAGGAAAGAGCAAACAGAGGACGAACAGAACACCCGAAGGAUGCAGGACGGGAGUUGGAAUCAGCCACUCCCCAUCUCACUGCUGCUAAAGGACCCGCCACCAGGCGCGACUUUGGAGGGUGAUGGGGGCAUAUUUUCUGAGGCAUCCUCUGAUGGGGAACUCUACCUGGACUCAGUGACAGAACUGGAUUCUGGAGAUGGAGACUUUCCGGAUCUUACCGCCUUCUUAAGUGCUGAAGAGAUUAAUCGUAGCCUGGACCUGGCCCGGGAGGCCUUUAAUGAUUCAUGUGAAUCUGAAGAUCCAGGUCCCUCUAAUCCAACAGAAGUGGAGCAGGCUCUCCAAUCUGUCCCCUCCCUUUCUGUGCCCUCACAAACUAGUGAAAACCUCACUUCAAGCCCAAACCUGCAGCAUCAGACCAAAUUCCCCAACCCAGAUGACAAUGCAGCAGUUAAUGUUUCCUCCAGCCAGAAUGCCCCCCUCAGUAAACCUGUACAUGUGUCUAGUGAGGCUCCAUCCUGUGUUGAGAAGGCUGUAUGUCACAAACCGAUCCAACCGGUGUAUAAGCAGGAUAAACCCAGGCUGGUUCAUGAAAGCCUGGAGCUGAAUGAUCGAGUGGCUUCAGCCACGGAGUUCUGCAGCAGAGCUGCCACAUUUAUCGAGGAGCUCUCAUCCAUCUUUAAAGGUCCUGCUCAUCCAGAGACAAGGAUGGAGGAGGAUUCCUCCUCUCCUGAUAGUGGUUAUCUGACUCCAAGAAGCCAGCGGCCGGUCCCUCAGGGGUCAGCCUCUGGUCCCUCUUUGUCUUCUGGGCAACAAGAAGAAGCACAGUACAGCCAAUCAGACAUGGGCACUCAGCCUGGUGUCCCAGCAGGAGUGGCAGCUUCUUCAAUGUACCAAAACUCUGAAGCUCCAACAGUAUACGGACCCCUGUCACCUCCUCGCUUUCUUCAGAAGCUGAAGAGUCAGGAGGUGGCAGAAGGGAGCCCCAUUCGUCUGGAGUGCAGAGUCAGAGGAAACCCCCUGCCGCUGGUCAGGUAG